AAGGCAGGAGAAGAGCGCUGGAGGAAACGAACUCCGUGGCUUCUGCUCUAAAGCUAUCCCUAGCCCGGGUGGCUCCUGGAUUGCUAUGGAGUCCACACUGGGCGCGGGCAUCGCGAUGGCUGAGGCGCUGCAGAACCAGCUGCCCUGGCUGGAGAAAUUUUGGCUCUGGGUCACCUUUCUGGGAGAUCCCAAGAACCUCUUUCUGUUCUACUUCCCCGCGACCUGCUAUGCCUCUCGCCGCGUGGGCGUCGCAGUGCUCUGGAUCAGUCUCAUCACCGAGUGGCUCAACCUCGUCUUCAAGUGGCUCCUGUUUGGAGACAGGCCCUUUUGGUGGGUCCAUGAGUCUGGGUAUUACAGCCAGGCCCCAGCCCAGGUUCACCAGUUCCCUCCUUCUUGUGAAACUGGUCCAGGCAGCCCCUCUGGACACUGCAUGAUCACAGGAGCAGCCUUCUGGCCCAUAAUGACAGCCAUGUCUUCCCAGGUGGCUACUCGUUCCCACAGCCGCUGGGUGAGAGUGAUGCCAAGUCUGGCUUACUGCACCUUCCUAUUGGCUGUUGGCCUGUCCCGGAUCUUCCUCUUAGCACAUUUCCCUCACCAGGUGUUGGUUGGCCUGAUAACUGGUGCUGUCCUGGGCUGGCUGAUGGCCCCCCAGGUGCCCAUGGAGCGGGAGCUAAGCUUCUACGGGUUGACCUCGCUAGCCCUCUUGCUGGGUGCCAGCCUCAUCUAUUGGACCCUCCUUACACUGGGCCUGGAUCUUUCAUGGUCCAUCAACUUAGCCUCCAAGUGGUGUGAGCGGCCUGAGUGGGUGCACUUGGACAGCCGGCCCUUUGCCUCCCUGAGCCGCGACUCAGGGGCCGCCCUGGGUUUAGGCAUUGCUCUGCACUCCCCCUGCUAUGCCAAGGUACGGCGGGCAUACCUGGGAAAUGGCCAGAAGAUAGCCUGCCUUGUACUGGCCAUGGGGCUGCUGGGCCCCCUAGAUUGGCUGGGCCACCCACCUCAGAUCAGCCUUUUCUACAUCUUCAAUUUCCUUAAAUAUACCCUCUGGCCAUGCCUGGUCCUAGCCCUCGUGCCCUGGGUGGUGCUCACAUUCAGUGCCCAGGAAGCACCACCCAUCCGCUCUUCCUGACUCCAGGUGCCUCCUACAAAGCCAAUACUCCAUGACCUCCACACUCCAGAAGGCAGCCCCAUCCCCUACGAGCCCCCCAACAGGCUCUGCUCACCUUGAAUUUCCCACUUUUCCCACCACCUGAUCUUAGCCCCAAAGAAGGGCCUUCUCUCCCAGAAUAGCUGGUCCUCCUCCAGCCGUUUCUUCCAUGUCCCCAAAAAGUAAAGGCAGUAGCAAGACCAGUGAUUCCUACAACACUGUGAGGGGCUCAGAGUGGCCCCAAUAAAGCCCUUGAACAGUUU